AUGAUCAAUCAAUAUGUGAAUGUAAUGAAUCACAUUCAAUUGAAGUAUUCCAUUAUCUGAAUAAUCUUUAUGAACAGAAUAAAAAUGAACCAAUUGUUAAACAUGUUGAUAGUUUCAAUGAUACAAUGGCCAUUGUUGAUCAUUUAGUGAAAAUUGUUGGAAAAAUUAUCAAUCUUGAAGUUGAUCAACAACAAAUGAUGAUAUUGGCCGAUAUUGUUAUCAAUACAAAUAUUAGCAAUGAAUGUUUAUGGUCAUUGGCUAAAAUUUCAUCCGGUGUAUUUGAUCGUCAAAUUUGGGCAUUAAAAUUUUUGGAUGCAUUUGGAAAAUUUCCUACCGGCAUUGCUGAAGGUUCAUUUUCACAUUUUGGUGAAUAUGAUGAAUGUUUAGAAAUUGAACAUCAUCAUCAUCAUAAUAAUGAUGAUGAUCAUUCGAAUACAAUUUAUGGCCGUUAUUGUUUAGCAAAAAUUAUUAUUCCAUAUCCGCCUACAUUCAAUCCAAUGUAUCAACCAUCAAUAGAUACAUUAUAUGUUCGUCAUCAUUUUGAAUAUUUUAUCAAUUUUCUUCGAUUAUAUAAUCUAGAUAAUUAUCUAACAAUGCGUAAAGUAGUGGAAAAAUUGAAUAAUCAACAUGGUACAUGGUUACGUCUCGGUGUUUGUUUUCCUACUGCAUGUCAAUCAAAUGAAUUUGAAUUAUUAUUGAAUGAAAUUUUUUAUCCAGUAUUCAAACUUCCAAUUGAAUUGGAACCAGAUUGUUAUGAUCGCCAAACAUAUGCACGAAAAUCAUAUGAUAAUUAUGAAUUCUAUGCAUUAAUAAUAUUAUCAACCAUCAUUAUUGUAAAUCUCAUAUGUACAGCAUGUCAUUUCGGUUGUAUUGCUUUCUGUUGUCAACCAAUGACUGAAUCAAAUGAUUCUACACCAAUUCAAAAAUUAUUCUUUCGACUAUCAAAAUCUCAAUUAUUCAAAUGGAUCAUAUGUUUUUCCAUUAUAGCCAAUACUGAAGCUUUAUUCGAUUUUCAUUGUUAUGAUGAUCCAAUGAUCAAACAACAAAUGAUGACUACAAAUAAUGAUGAUGAUGAUGAUGAUGAUAAAAAAUCAACAAAACAAAAAAAUCAUCAUCAUCAUCAUCAUAAAACUAUUGAUCGAUUUAAAUGUAUAGAUGUUGUACGACUUUUUCUGGUCAUCAAUGUAUGUGUGGAUCAUAUGUUUUUGUUUCCACCAUUUAUGGCAUUCAUGUCAUUCAAACGAAUAUUGAAUUCAGUCAUAACUAAAGCAUAUGAUUAUAAUCGUUAUUUUUUUGCCCGUAAUAUACUUAUUAUUGAUACAAUGUUUUUGAUCAGUGGCCUAUUACUAUCAUAUAGUUUAUUACGAAAAUUAGCCAUCAAUCGUGGUCGUUUUAAUUAUAUUGUAUUCACUAUACGUCUUUGGUUGAAAUAUUCAAUACCAAUGUUUUUUAUCGUUCAAUUAUUUUGGCUAUUACCGCUUAGUGGUGAUGGACCAUUAUGGAAUAUGGGCAUGAAAAUGUUGGUCAAUACAUGUAAAGAAUCGGAUAGUUUAUUAUCUAGUUUUACAUAUUUAAGCAAUUAUCGUAUACGUAGUAAUCAAAAUGUAUUUAAUUUUGAUCAAAAAUUUGCAUUGUGUAAUCCACCUACAUGGUUCUUAUCGGCAUUAUUUCAAUUACAAAUCAUUGGUCCAUUGUUUAUUUUGGCCAUUUAUCAUUAUCAAAGAUUUGGAUUAGGUUUGAAUAUUUUUAUGGUUUUAUUCGGCUGCUAUACAAGCAUAUUACCUGAUCAUUUAUUUGGUCAACUAACCUAUAUGGAUGGACCAUCAUUUUCAUCAUUAGAAGAAUUAACACAUUCAUUUGUUGCCUAUCAUAUGGGCAUUAAUCAAUAUUUGAUUAGUUUUUUUCUCGGCAUCAUAAUUGGUUUUUUAAUUAUACAACGACAAAUUCAAAUGAAUCCAAAUCAAUCAAUCAAUAAUGAUGAUCGGAAAAAGAUUAUUGUAGAAAAAUUAUGGCUAAAACGAAUAUUGUGGAUAAUGGCCAUUGCUGGAUUAAUCAUAUCAAUAUAUUGGUUCAUGACAUUGCAUACGAUGAAUGUGGCACCAUCACGUACAUCAAUAUUAUUAUGGUUUUCUAUUGGUAAAUUAAUUGGCUGUUUAUCGAUUGCAUGGAUGUUGUAUGAACUUUGUAUUGGACAAGCUAUUAUAAUCGAAAAAAUUUUCUCCAUUCGUUUAUUUCAAUUUCUAUCACGAUUAACAUUCGGUAUUUAUUUGCUACAUUUUCUUCCAUUAGCACAUCGAUUAUUCACAGUACGUGAUUCCUAUGUGAUGACGGAUAAACUUUUGUUUGAAUUCAUUUUGAUCGAUUUCAUACAAACAUCUAUAAUGGCUGCCAUAUUCUAUGUGAUAAUUGAACGUCCAUUCAAUAAUUUUACCACUAUGAUUGUUCUCAAUAUUGCAACAAUGACAAACAAAUCUCAUUGUAACGACAAUAUCAUUGAUCGAAUCAUCGAUAACCAUAACGAAUGCAUCGAUUCUGCCGAUAUCAAGGAUGAUGAUGAUGGUGAUGGGAACAAGAGAAAAUUUUCUCAAUAUCAUCAAAAUGGCCAUGACGAAAUGACGAAUGAUAGCCAUCAAAAACAACAAUAUCAAUAUCAAUAUCAAUCACAGCAUGCAUCAUCAUCAUCGAUGGAUCAGAAUAAUAAUAAUAAUUCAUUAUCAUUGUCACAUCAAGUGAUUAAAAUUGAGAUACAGGAUCUAAAAUUAUCAUUACCACAAGUGAAUCUAUUUACAGCCAAUUGUGGUGAUCGUACUUAAUCAACAACGAACAAAUUCUCAUAAU